AUGUCGGGCCGUGGACAAGGAUAUCGAGGCAGCCGUGGAGGAGGCGGCCGCGGCGGUGGCGAGAGCCUUGCAUACCGACCGCGCGGUGGGCAUGGUGGAUAUGGGGACGGCCGGGGUGGAGGUGGAGGACGCGGUGGUAGGGGCGACUUUCGAGGCGGCCGUGGCGGAGGCGGCGGAGGAGGCAGCAGAGGCGGUGGCCCUGUCAGUGUCGUGACAGGCGCCCCGGCGCCUGAUGCUGCCGUCACCAAUUUGGAGAACGCCAUUGUCAAGGCCAAGCCGGCGAGCGGCGGCAAACUCGAUGCGUCCCGCCCCUUUCCGAUGCGGCCUGGCUACGGCACCAAGGGUCACCCCGUGACACUGUGGGCCAACUACGUCGUGUUGACGGCAGCGGCCAAGCCCGAGCUUGUGCUGUACCGCUACGACGUGUCGGUGACGCCGGCUGUGACGGGUAAGAAGCGGGCCCAGGUGCUGCGCAUCUUCCUGGAGGACACGCCGGAACUGGCCGGCCACAGGGGUGACGUGGUAAUGGAUUUCAAGUCGACACUCGUCUCGCGCGUGCGUCUUCCGAUGGACGAGACCGAUUCGCUCACAAGCACCAUCGCCUACCGUCUCGAGGGCGAGGACGCCAUCGAAGACGACGGCGGGUCUGGGCUGCCGGCGACGCGCAGGGAGUUUGUCGUGCAGCUCCGGUACACAAAUGCCCUGCCCGUGGCCGACUUGCUGGCCCACCUGUCGUCCACGUCGUCCUCGACUGCCGCGGCCACCGACGCCACGACGGCCUACACAGAUGCGCUGCCCACGCUGCAGGCGCUCAACAUCUUCUUCCACCACCAUGCCAAGACGUCGCGCGAUCUGGUGGCGGUCGGCGCUGCCAAGACGUUUUCCGUGCAGUCGGACAGCAACGCAUGGGAUCUCGGCAGCGGGCUGACGGCACUGCGCGGCGUCUUUGCCAGCGUGCGCAUGGCCACGGCCCGGCUGCUGGUCAAUGUCAACGUCACCAACGGCGCAUUCUACCAGGCCGGCCCACUCGACCAGCUGAUCCUGGCGCGGACGGGCGGUGCGGGCGUGACUAUGGGCACGGUGCGCCGCCUCGAGACCUUCCUCAAGCGACUGCGCGUGCGCACGACGCAUCUCAGGGACAAGACGAACCGCAAGGGCGAGGUCAUUCCGCGGAUCAAGACCGUCUUUGGCCUGGCGACGACCAACGACGGCCAUGGCCAAGAGCACCCGCCCAGAGUGGCUCGAUUUGGUGCUGGGCCCAGGGACGUGCAGUUCUGGCUGGACGGACCGGUGGGUGGAAGUGGAAGUGGAAGCGAACCCAAGGCACAGGCACCGCCACAGAAGGGAAAAGGCAUGGGCAAGGCCAAGGACAAGGGCAAGGCGUUGGGUGCGCCUCAGCCCGCCCCCCCUGCCACCGGAGGGCGCUACAUUUCCGUGUAUGACUUUUUCGUGCAAACAUACAACCGCCACCUCGCCAGCCCUAGCCUGCCCGUGGUCAACGCCGGCACCCGCGAGCAUCCCACCUACCUGCCGGCCGAAGUCUGUGUCGUACUGGCUGGCCAGCCGGCGCAUGCCAAGCUCGACCCCAGCCAGACCCAGCAGCUGAUCCGCUUUGCCGUCCGUCGGCCGCAGGAGAACCAAGCCUUUGUUGCGGGCGAAGGGCUGGUGAUGGCCGGCCUCUCGUCGUCGACCAACGCGCGCCUCGGGCCGUUUGGUCUCGACGCGGCCGCACGCCUCAUCACGGUCCCCGGCCGCGUUCUGGCCAGCCCGCGCGUCGGCUAUGGCCAGAACAAGUUUGCCAGCGUCUUCAACGGCAGCUGGAACAUGGUGCCCCGCGACGCCCAGCCGCUCAAGUUCUCGGCAGCUGGCUCCCUCCGAAAUUGGUCGUGCCUCUACAUCGAGCUGCCCGACGCCCACUCGCGUGCCCAGACGUUUGCACCGCCCGAAUUGGCGCGCACGCUUGCCCAGUUCCACAAGGUCAUACUGGAUUCGGGCGUCACAGCCGCCCCACCGCUGGAGGCCAAAAUGUUGAGGUUGCGUGGCGACGGCCUCGACGACCCCCAGUUGCCCGAGAUGCUGUCCCGUGCCAGCGAGAAACUCCAGUUGCUGCUGGUCGUGCUGCCCGCCUCGCCCAUCCCGCUGUACAACCGCAUCAAGCAGCUCGGCGACGUCCGCUACGGCAUCCACACCGUCUGCGUCGUCGGCAGCAAGCUGGCCAAGACCCAGGGCCAAGACCAGUACAUGCGCAACGUCGCGCUCAAGUGCAACCUCAAGGCCGGCGGGCGCAACCAGGUGGUCGAGCCCACCCGCCUCGGGCUGCUCGCAGAAGGCAAGACCAUGGUCGUCGGCAUCGACGUCACGCACCCGUCGCCGGGCUCCUCGUCGCGCGCGCCCAGCGUCGCCGGCAUGGUCGCCAAUGCCGAUGGCGGCGCGCUGGGGCAGUGGCCCGGCGUGCUGCGUGUGCAGACCGAGGCGCGGCAGGAGAUGGUCGCCCACCUGCACGAGAUGCUCGUGUCGCGGCUGCGGCUGUGGCAGACAAGGCAGAGGGCGCUGCCCCAGAACAUCCUGAUCUACCGCGACGGCGUCUCCGAGGGGCAGUAUCCGCUCGUCGUCGCCGAGGAGCUGCCGCGCCUGCGUGCUGCGUGUCGCGACGUCUACCCCGCCGCCGACCAGGCCAAGGGUCUGCCCAAGAUGACGCUGGUGGUCGUCGGCAAGCGCCACCACACGCGCUUCUAUCCCACCACGGCCGCCGACGCCGACGACCGCACCGGCAACACCAAGCCCGGCACUAUCGUUGACCGCGGCGUCACCGAGGCGCGGUCGUGGGACUUCUUCCUGCAGGCCCAUGCCGCGCUCCAAGGCACGGUGCGGCCGGGCCACUACGUUGUCUUGCUCGACGAGAUCUUCCGCCCCAGGUACGAGCCCACCGGCAAAUCCGCACCUGCGCCCGCACCCGGUGCCGUGGGCGUCGCCGACCGCCUCGAGGACAUCACCCAGAGCAUGUGCUACGUCUUUGGCCGCGCCACCAAAUCCGUCAGCCUCUGCACGCCCGCCUACUACGCCGACAUUCUGUGCGAACGUGCCCGCUGCUACUUGUCGAGCGUCUUUGACGAGUCGACGGAGGCAUCGACUGUGGCGUCUCAGGCUGGAGGAGGAGGAGGAGGAGGACUACCAUUGGACCAGGACGUUCUGAUCCACCCGAGACUGCGGGACAGUAUGUUUUACAUUUAG